UUGACUAAUUUUUUUUUUAUGCUUUGGGUGUUCAUGGUGCAGAUAUAUGCGGUUUCUAUUACUAUUCGUAUUGUGCUUGGUUUUAUGUUGCUCGCCCUCAUAUGGAGGUUUGAUUUCCCACCCUUCAUGGUGCUGAUCAUUGCCAUCCUCAAUGAUGGUACCAUCAUGACAAUAUCAAAGGAUAGGGUGAAACCAUCUCCUCAGCCUGAUAGCUGGAAGCUGGCAGAAAUUUUUGUAACUGGAGUCAUUCUUGGUGGUUACUUGGCCAUGAUGACAGUCAUUUUCUUCUGGGCAGCAUACAAGACAAACUUUUUUCCUCGUAUAUUUGGGGUUUCAACUCUUGAAGCAACAGCUCAUGAUGACUUCAGGAAGCUUGCAUCAGCAAUAUACUUGCAAGUGAGUAUCAUCAGUCAGGCCCUAAUAUUUGUGACACGUUCUAGGAGUUGGUCUUUCGUUGAACGUCCUGGCCUUUUGCUAGUGGUGGCUUUUGUUGUUGCUCAGUUGGUAAGUGAACUGCUAUUUUCUAUUCUUUUCUUUAUUUUUUCCAGGCAAGUGCAUCCUAAGUCCUAGUUACUUGAAGAAUGACCUUUAGAAUAAACUUUCCGUUUGUGUGAGCAGGUUGCUACACUGACAAUAGAGGAUUGAUUUCAAUUCCUUUUUGUGAAAUCAAGAGAUUAGUUGGCUGAUGUUUUCAAUGAAGGUUUUUGUAGUAGGAUUUUUUACCAUUGUUUAUGCUUAGUGUUGGUUAGUAGUAGUUUGAGGCAUAAUUGUGUACUUUGGAUCACUUCAAUAUAAAUGCUUUUGUUUAUGGUAGGGAACCUUAAUUUUGGGUCUCUUAUUAGCCAUGUUUACAUUUACCAUUGUGAUUCCCCCUUACUUAUUUUGCAUCCCUUUUUUGUUUCCAUUGAUUUUGUGGCUUGAUUUUCAUUGUUGUUGGUUCUGUUUCAGUAACCUAUGGAGGACUACAUCUGAAGAAAAGAGAGAGUUGGAGUGUCUGGAAAAACCCAUAUAUAAUUCUGUUAGUUGAGCUGCAGAAGUUCAUCAUCAGGUUUCUAUUUUCUAAUUGCUCUUAUAUGCAACAACGCACAUACAACUGCUAAUAUAGAAACAAAGGAAUCUACUUUCUGUUGAUGCUGGCGAAAACUUCAGUGAGGAUUUCUGCAUCUGGUUUAUCACAUAAAACGUUUUGUUUGCCUGCUUUUAGGUUCGAAAAUACAUCAAAGGUAUUUUGAAGCCUGGGAUGUUAAUGGUUGACUUAUGUGAAACCCUGGAGAAUACCGUCCGUAAGGUGAUAUGGGAGAAUAGUCUACAAGCAGGCAUUGCGUUGCCUACAGGGUGCUCUUUGAAUUGGUAAACAUUUAGUCUGGCAUAUGAAGAUCCUUCCGGGUUCAUUUUUUUAUUUUUAUUUUUAUUUUUGCAAUUUUUUUAGAAAGAAUGGUGUUUUGCUAAAUAUUGGGUACGAAUUCUUCAAUUUGUGUUUAUUUUGGUGAAUCUUAUUACAAUUUAUGUUAUGAUGUAAGCAUGUAGACCAGUGAAGACUACAACUUUAAUGCUAAGACAUGAUUUUUGGAUA